UGAAUUGAUGAAUGGUUUGAUAACAUACUGUGUCUGACCUCCAGUUCCGGCAAAGUUUGACGAAAAGUAUAGUUUAAUUCAAGUGAAGAGGGGAGAGAGCGCUCGACUCAAGUGUAAUGUUUCCGGAGAUCAACCCCUGGAUGACCUCCAGUUCCGGCAAAGUUUGACGAAAAGUAUAGUUUAAUUCAAGUGAAGAGGGGAGAGAGCGCUCGACUCAAGUGUAAUGUUUCCGGAGAUCAACCCCUGGCUAUCAAAUGGACUAAAGAUAACAUCAAACUCGACAAAUUGGGUACAAAUAAUUACGAAAUCUUUGAGACGACGACUGAUUUCGGGGUUUCAUCGGAACUCCUACUGAGAACCACUCAAAGAACUGACGGCUCGAUAUAUAAAUGCGAGGCCGAGAACACACACGGGAAGGACGAGCGCACUAUCAAACUCGUUGUGCUCGAGGUUCCCGGCCCACCGACCAAUGUCCACGUGAAGGAGGUCUGGUCCCGAACGGCUCGCAUAGUGUGGUCGGCCCCCUAUUCAGGCAAUUCGCCGCUAACUAAGUACACGAUCCAGUAUUGGCGACAUCAGAGCGCACCGCAUAGACUCCAUGAGUUCACUGCCAGUAGUACACAGACCACAGCACUCAUCAAAGACCUCAGCCCUGGCCUGUCCUACGAGAUGACUGUCGUCGGCGACAACGAGGUCGGGAGGGGUGAGGCCGCAGACACCGUCACCUUCGUUACCGGCGAGGAGGAGCCCUCCGCCCCGCCCAACGACGUGUCCGUUGAGAGCAAAGGGCCGACGACCAUACGGGUCACGUGGAGGGCGCCGCCGGCCGAGCACUGGAACGGCGCUAUCAAAGGCUUCUACAUUGGCUAUCGUAAGGCCCGGGAG